AAGUGUCGUGAAUCCGAUUAUAUGCUAAAAUGGCUUGCCACACAUCAGCAGCAGAUGGAGGAGGGCAGCUCCCGGUGACGCAGAAAUCUCACAGGAUGCUAAAAACUCCAGGCUUGCAGCCCGCGGGACUCAGCUGCUGAGGGUCCUCUGAGCAAGCCGACUGGAUUCAGAACACAUUAGAAAAUCUGCAACUUUAAAAGGAAAUAACCUGAUUGUGAAACCGUUGUCAUCAGAGCGGGGACAUUUCUGUAGUGGACGGAAACGCAUUUCCAACACGAAACGGCAUUAUGUUUAGUUUAAUUCUUAAUUGUUUCAUCCUUUUGAUGAUUCUGAAGUCGGUCCUGAACAAAAACCUGACGGAGGAGAUAGACGUCCUGGUGUUUUUGCCAAAAAACAACUCUUUUCUGUUUUCACAAGCCAGAGUUGCGCCUGCGAUCCGUUACGCACAGAACGCGCUGAAGACAGACUUCCCUAACUUUCACUUCACUCUGAACUUUGCGGACUCGGACUCCGUCAACCAGGCGGUGUUCACGUUCGCGGACAGGUCCUGCGACCACAAGCCUGAUCUCAUCCUCGGUCCCGUGCGCGAGUACGAGGCGGCCGGGGUGGUAAGGCUGGCAUCCCACUGGAACAUCCCGGUAAUCUCAGCAGGUGCUUUGGCCGUGGCGUUCAGGAACAAAGACACAGAAUACUCCCACCUGACGCGAAUCGCUCCGUCUUACAUGAAGAUGGCCGAGAUCUUCACCGCGAUGUUCGAACACUUCACCUGGAGGAGCGCUCUGCUUCUAAUCGAGGACGAUAUGAAAGAGCGGGACUGUUAUUUCACUUUGGAGGCAGUUUUCCACGUGAUGGAGGACUACACAGUCAGAUCACUGACCUUUUCACAAGAGGAACCCCUGAGAGGUGACGAGAUGCUACGGAACAUCCAUGAUGUUGAAGUGGUGAUCAUGUGUGCUGGAGCCGACAGAAUUCGAGAAAUCAUGCUUGUGGCUCAUGACCAACAGCUGACCAAUGGUAGUUACAUGUUUUUUAAUGUUGACCUCUUCAAUGCCUCUUCUUACGGCAAUGGCUCAUGGAGGAGAGGAGAUGAAUACGAUGACAACGCAAGGCAAGCCUAUGCUUCCCUGAACACAGUCACGCUGCUCAGGACAGUCAAGCCUGAGUAUAGGAACUUCUCCAUCGAAAUAAAAACUUCCACUGACAGACUUGGACUUCAUGACUGCAGUGACUGUGGAAAUGUCAACAUGUUUGUUGAGGGAUUCCAUGAUGCCAUGUUGUUGUAUACAGCUGCAUUACAUGAGGCUAUUAAGAACGGAUACAACAAGAAGAAUGGAAGAGAGAUCACCUCAUACAUGUGGAACACGACAUUUGAAGGAAUUGCUGGCCAGGUAUCCAUGGAUACCAAUGGUGACAGAAACGGGGACUUUUCAUUGAUGGCCAUGACCAAUAUUGAAGCAGGUAGCUAUGAGGUAGUAGUCAACUACUUUGGGGUAAAUAAAACUCUUCAGCUGCUGUCUGCUUUCAACAGUAAACAUUUUACAAUAAAAGGAAGACAUGAAGCAAACCCAGAACUGCCUCAAAAAUCAUGUGAACUGGGAGUAUCAGCAUUGACUGGAGUUACAGUUGGAGCUCUUCUUGGUGCUGUGAUGCUAAUAGCAUUCUACUUUUUCAGAAAAAACUACAGGAUUAUCAUUCAACGCCGCACACAUUGUGAAGCGCCUUAUCGUGGAAAGCACCACCAGUUAAAGGAGGACUCUAUCAAAGCAAACACCUCAGCAGCUUAAUGAACCACAAUAACAAUUUUUUCCCAACAAAUUUUUACAUGUGGCUGUUACUAAAGACUGUGGUAUCAAUGAUUCUGUCAUAUAAAAUGUGUUUCUGUUCCAAAUUGUUUGAAUGUAUUGUUAUUUUAACCAGCACCAACACAAACAUAUUUUUCUUCACUCAAAAAUUCAUAAGUUUAUAGAAUCUAAAGUUUGGUCAUAGUAUUUUUAUGUGACUUUUUAAAAUCUUGAAGUUUUUUUUCCUUUUAAUUUUUGUCUUCUGAUUCUUUUAUAUGUUUUUAUAAAUCUAAUUUUACUAAAAACUGAUGAAAGGUAACAUUUCAUCCAACAUUUCAGUAUUUAUCCUAAUUACAUCAUAAGACACACACAAGACACAGUGUCCCAGUGAAUACAAACAGGAAUGUUUGAGAAAUGGUAUAAACAAAGCACUUAUCAAGUGCAGGUUGCAUGUACUGUUUACUUGAAGGAUUGGACAAUGUGUGCUGUUAGUGUUUCUUACAUGAUCAGCGUGUGUGGAGUGUAUGUGUCAGGAGUACAUGAUGCACAUGCAACACUAAAGGCCAGAAUGUGACAAUCACUCCAACUUCCGUAUGAUGCAGUGUAAGCAGUGGGUAUAAAAAUUGGUCCAAAGUGUAUAUGCAGCAUAUCUGAAAGGUAGGAAAUACCACCAGGAAAGAAGAGAGAAAAUCUGAUUCACCUCCAGAGAAGGAACAGCAUAAAGUGCAGCAAAAUGGUGAAAUCUAUCUUCUUCCUUUCUACAAUCCUGCAUGCUACAGAUCAGUUCCUUUCCAUUGUACAGAUGUGUAUAUUGUUCUAACUCUCUAAAAUAACGUUUUCAUCAAAAGUGAUUUAGCAAGAAGCAUUUGUCUAAUAUAUAUCUGCAUUACUUGAGUAUGUAACAUAAUAAAUAAAAAAUAAUGAAAAGAAAA